AUGCCAUCACAAACAAAAACAACGGCCCCUAGUCCCCAACAGGCCUUAAGUGGUCAAGGGGUGCCAAGAAUCCCUAGGAAGUAUGCAAUGGCGGAGGGAUGUUGCAGAAAAAUUCAGAAUGGCCCCUCUACGGUACAUAGACUUGGAACGCUCAAUGUUGGAUCGCUGACUGGCCGCAGCAUGGAAAUCGCAGAAAUGCUCGAACAUAGAAGGAUUGACAUCUGCUGCCUUCAGGAAACCCGAUGGAAAUCGAAUGGUGUCUGUCAUAUCAAUUCAGACAAAGAAAAAUAUAAACUGUUCUGGAAUGGUCAAAAGACGGCCAAAAUGGCGAUUCUGAUUGGAGGCGAUCUCAAUGGCCACGUUGGAGAGAAAAAAGAUGGUUUUGACAACGUGCAUGGCGUUUUGGCUAUGGAAAACGGAAUGAAGAUGGCAACCGCAUCUUUGAGUUUGCUGAAAGUCACGGGUUUUGUUUACUGA